AUGUGUCCGAAGAAGAUGAUGAUGAUGUUCAUUGAAUUAAAGCGUGAAAUCACAGAAAAACAUGAGCAAGGUGUGCGAGAAAACAACCUACCCAAGCAAGCCCUUCUCAUCCUCGACAAUGCCCCUGCUCACCCACCAAAUCUCGAAGAUGAUUUACUCGAAGAGUUCAAAUUUAUAAAGGUUCUCUACCUACCACCCAACACCACUCCUAUCCUGCAGCCCAUGGAUCAGCAGGUGAUUUCUAAUUUUAAGAAGUUGCACAUCAAGCACAUUUUUCAGCGCUGUUUCGAGGUGACGGAGAACACAAACCUUACCCUUCGAGAGUUCUGGAUGGACCACUUUAACAUCGUGAUAUGCCUAAGAAUUAUUGAUCAGGUUUGCUUGGGUGUUACAACGAGGACCUUAACCUCUGCAUGGAAGAAGCUGUGGCCUGAGGCUGUAGCUGAAAGGGCCUUCGAAGGAUUUGAACCCGAAAUGUCAGUGGUAGAGGAGAUUGUUUCUCUGGGAAAAUCCAUGGGUCUGGAGGUGGAUGAGAGAGAUGUGAAGGAACUCGUCGAGGAACAGUCUCAGAAGCUGACAACCGAAGAGUUACACGAUCUACAUUCGCAGCAGCAUACAAUGGUUCAACGAAAAAUUAGUUUUGAAGAGGAGCCAGAGAUGGAGGAGGUUAUCCCUACAAGAGAUACAAAGAUCUUGGGAAUGUGGGAGAAAGUUGUAGAGUUCGUGGAUAAAAAUCACCCCGAAAAAGUUGCAACUGGUUGUGCAACAGAGUUGUUCAACGAAACUUGCCUAACUCAUUUCCGCAAUGUCCUUAAAGGGAGGAAGAAACAAACCUCCUUGGACAGUUUUUUUAAACGAUCUGCAGGUGAAAAAUGA